AUGGCCCCAUACAUUUCCCAUGGGUUCCAGUUUAUAGGACUUUGCAAAUACUCGAGUUCAUGGAACGAUGAGCAGGAGCUUGACGCUAUCAGAUAUCUUCUGGACUGGGCUUGGCUCUUCUCACUAGGGCAAAAACAACCCUGGUCGGAGUUCACUACUUGGACGAAUACCCAGGUCUGUUGGUUCGCUCUCCGAAAGCAGAAGAAACUAGAAACUCGGCUCUUUCUUCAGAGGGUUGUCAGAAAAGCCCAAUUCCUGCAAGUGAUGCGCAAUCUGGCUAAAGAUGCGCAACAGGCUCUGAGUAAUCACAGCAGAGACAAACCACUAUUAAAGGAAUUUUUCAAGCGUCAAUGGAGGAAAUUCUAUAAGCUAUGGCAGCAACAAGAUGAGAGAAUAGUUGUGGAUCAUCAAGCACACAGGGCCUUGAUCAGAAAAUUGCUUCCAGGCUAUAGUAGCCUGGAACCGUUGCGAGACACUACUACCCAAGAUCCACCAGGACAGUCGAUGUGGCUCCCAGUGUCUUCCUUUUGGCUUGCAGGAAUGCGCAACGUAGGAGAACCCAAGGAUUCAUAUACUGAACACCGAUUGCUCGUGGAUUGUGUUUCCAAGAAUAUUCCAUUACCCCCUCUUCAUCUGAUUAGGGAUAAGAAGAGCCAUAUUGCUCUUUCCCUUCAGCUAGGACUUGAGAAAGGCCUCAGGCAGCUACAGAGACUAGCACAAGAACACUUCCUGGAAGAUAUGACAGCUCGUGAGAGGGUCUUGGAAUCCUAUAAUCUAGAGCGAUCGCAUAGCCACGACUUCAGAAAGGAGCAAUGGGCUAUUUUCCUGCACUGGCUAGCCAGGCCAAUGUCACCGAGCUAUGAAGCGCUAAAACAUAGUUUAAGCAGGGAUAUCCCUUUGAUUUGGGAAGGAGGGCUCAAAACCAGAGCACAGAUUGACAAGACCCACGCUUGGCUGGAUGAUAACUUUAAUCACUACAUAACAGCGCUAUCCUCCUCACCCAGAAGCGAAUCAUCCCUCAAUAAGAUAUUCGAACUCAUAUAUCGUGAACAGUUCGAACUCCUCUGGAUUUUGUUUUUUCAUUCAGACGCUGCCUAUACCGCGGGGCUCCGCGAUACCCCACGUGAUAAAAUUGGCGCUGAGCUUGCGCGCUCUUUUUUCUGGAGGUUCGAUCGCAGUAUCACGAAGGCCUACCGAGUUGUUAGAAACCGGUGUAUGACUCAUGAUGAGACUAUGAAACUGUGGACCAAGUUCCUUGACUGGCUCAAACAACCACUGUUUGAGGAACAGGCUCGAGAAGUACCAUCGGAAGUGUACGACGAUCGACCACGUUUACUAGUUGAUGGAGAAAAGAGCGACUACGGAUAUUGGGUUGCCACCUUGUACAUGAUAAAGCGUAAAGAGGUGCUUAUUGUGCCGAAAACACAGGAACAUGUCUUGGAAAUGUCUAUGCGAGCAUCACUUCUUUCACAUACGCGCUCUUAUACAAGGCGGACACUGUCUGAGCUCGUCCAGUCCGAGAUUUGGCGACGAAGGCUCCCAGAAAGAGUCUUUGCUUUUCUAUUUGAAGACACUGAGACCACUAUUCAACCAACGCAGCCUGAUGACAGAAGUUUGGAAGAAAUGCUUGCCAAUGGUCAGUCAUACAACUGCGGCGGGCCUUCAGUCCAAGCCUGGAGACAGGAGACCGAGUUCUGGAAGGAUGUGGAGCAGUAUGUAUCGAAAUCCGAGUGGCAUAUGAGUUGCAUCAAGAUGGACCUCUUGGGCGGAUCGAAAGAGGAGAAAGACAUGUAUAAGGAAAUUGUUAUUAUUUAG